AUGACGUCGUUCCCAACGACCACACUAAACUCUUUUCCCAAUGAAAUUCUCUUGCUUAUAUUCCAGGACCUCGAUCUAAUCUCCCUCCUCUCAGUUUGCAACGUUUCAAAACGUUUUCAUCAAAUGGCAACUGUUGCUUUAGAGAUGCGAUUCGCCGAACCAAACUUACGACUUAACUUAGGAUUCGAUCAAGAACAUAAAUGGCGUUUUAACGUGGAUUUUAAAUUUUCGCAUGUUAAUACGCAAACAGGGAAUCUAGUAUUUAAACCGGCAAAGCAACAGACAAGCCUCAGACUAUUUCAUUCUCCUUUACUACGUAACCCAACAAUCAAUAAAAUCUCAUUAUCAUGUCGCCAAGUCUCGUCAUCAAACACUCUUAAAUCGAAAUCGAAAUCUUCAUCGACUUCAUUGCAAAGCAAUAUCCUACCAAGUAUUCCUACAAAUUUCCUUCAACGAUCUUGUAAAUUCUCGGUAAAAUCAUGCGGGCAACAAGAACGGCAACGUAAAGUAUAUAGAAUAGGACAUGGCUUAACACAUUUACAAGUAUCCUAUUCAUUCACAUACACGGUCGAAACUGCUCCCCCGUCAAUUCAGAAACUGAGAGGUGGCGAACGAUGGGUAAAUCCAAUCGCUUUUGAAUGUCCCACGAGCUUUUUCUACCCACACGAACCAACUGCACAUAAAAUCAUAAUGUCAUUGCUUGGCUAUCGAAAAACAACAACGAACAUCACGACAACAGCAGUGACAUCUUGUGCUUCGGGAACAAAACAAAAGCCAGAGAAAAAUGGAGAAAGAUCGAUAUUCACGUUCAGAUUAAAGAACAAGAAAAAGAGUUUGCGAGUAGGAAAAGAAUCAACAAAUAAUUCUGGUUAUUCUUGGUGGGCUUUUCUCUAA